CACUAUGAAGCGGCAGUACCGACCCACCAGCACACUACACCUGUCGCCGAAACUUUUCAUAAAAUCACUGAUAACGCAGACAAAACUGACCAAAACCAUGAAAGUGAUAUAGACAAUACAAUGGGGUGUGUAAAGUUAGUGUUUUUAGCUUUACUUCUUAGUGUAAGUGUGAAAGGACAGGAGGACGCUAUAAUUAAUGAGGACAGUUUAGUGAAUGACGUCACGAGUGUAGUGAGUAAUGACUUGGAGGUUCCUGUAGUCGCUGAAGCGAAGGAGGUGGGAGUGGAAGGAGUUGUGGAAGAAACAGCUCCAGUGGAAGUGAUAGCCGAAUCUGAUGCGGUGGCAGUGAGGAGUGGGCGGUACCAGGCGCUCAAUGAUGCUCUCAACGAGGGUCCAGUGGACCUCCAAGCCGUGGACCUGGAUGAGCAGCUCGGGAGGCAGCUGCUGAACCCCCCCUCAACCACGGCAACUACUAAUAAUGAGUAUGCGCACAUCGACGGGCGGGUCCUGCCGUCCACGACCUACCAGAACAACGGGCAGUCCUACAUCAUCACGCAGCAGAGACUGCAGCAGGUCCGGGGCAACUUCCUGUACUGGUUCUACGACCAGGGGGGCGAUGAGAACAUCGGGGACUACCAGAGAGACAUCCACUCCUCGACUCCGCAGAUCCAUAAGAACUUCAACUUUCAGUUGCCGUUCUUUGGGUUCAGGUUCAAUUAUACACGGGUCUCAAUGCACGGUUACCUACAGUUCAGCGAUCCCCCGGACCACUACACGUACCCCCUGUCGUUCCCCAUCAAGGACUGGCCUCAGCUGAACGACCCUUCUUUCAUCGGCAUCUUCUUCAGCAAGUGCCGUAUCGGGUCACAGAGGCCAGAGGACCCCGACCAAAGAAGACCUGGCAUUUACUUCCGAAUGGACCGAGAUCUUCAGGCUCGUACAGACCAGCUCGGCGUGGAGAUGCGCGAACGCCUGAUGUGGGACAUCCGCGAGGGCGUCAUCGGCUCGGAGAACUUCUUCCCCAAACACGCCGUCACCGUCACCUGGAAGAAUAUGUCCUUCGCUGGAGGCAUCGACAACUCGCUUUACAAGACGAACACCUUCCAAAUGGUUCUAGCCACAGAUGAAGUGUUUACGUAUGCAAUUUUCAACUACUUGGAGAUCAACUGGAGUGCACACACUGAGGCUGGUGGUGACACCACUGGAGGGGAAGGUGGAGUGCCAGCUUAUAUUGGUUUCAACGCCGGCAACGGGACUCAAAGCUACGAAUACAAGCCAUACUCACAAGCAUCCGUUCUACGUGAUCUAACCAGCAGAGGAUGGGCCAACGGUUUCCCAGGGCGUCACAUAUUCAGAAUCGACGAGAAAAUACUCAUGGGUACUUGUAACAAGGAUAUCGAUGGUGCCAAUCUACCUCUUAUGUUUGCUCCGGAGAGUGGAAACAUGCUUGGAGGAACUAUCGUCAACAUCACGGGUCCUUGCUUCAACCCCAACGAUCGCAUCACCUGUCGCUUCGAUACUGAGUCCGUCGUGGGAGCAGUGGUUGACAUCAACCGCGCCAUCUGUGUACAGCCCAGGUUCUGGCAUAAUGGCUACGCUAGGUUCGAAGUGGCUAUCAAUAAUGAGCCUUAUAAGUGGAAGGGAAAAUAUUUUGUUGAAACCCCUGCUUCAGCUACCGAAAAGAUAUUCCUCGACAAUGCAGUCCACGAGAGAUACCCACCAGAAGUGAAGGUCACAUGGGACAGAUUCAACUUGACUACCAACUUGAAUGUCCAGCUGCAGAUAAGUCUGUGGGGUUACAAGGAGGUCACCAUCAGACCGCAGCUGGAGUUUAUCGACAUGAUUGAAGUCGGUGUCGCUAAUACUGGAGAAUACGUCAUCAACCCACAGAAUUUCAGAAACAGGGAGAAUAUCAUGCACAAUGACAUGCAGUUCGGUUUCUUGCAAAUCAAUUUAACAACGCCAGAUGUUUACAAGGGUAUUCCAAUUUCACCUGUUCUGUGGAGUCGUCCAAUACCAUUAGCUUGGUAUUUCGCGCCGCAAUGGGAAAGAAUCCACGGUCAGAAGUGGCCCCAGACUAUGUGUAAUAACUGGCUGAGGACCGACCGGUUUCUGAAGAACUUCGCGUCACAAGUGUGGGUGUGCCCAUGCACCCUGGAGCACGCUCUGCUGGACAAGGGCCGGUUCAUGCCUGACCCUCACUGCGAUAAAGACACGAACCCAACUUGCAGAUACAACUGGGGUGGAGUCCAUUGUGUUAGGAGCGGUAGUGCAAGUGCGGAAGGUUCAGGUCAGCAAUGUUGCUACGACAAGAACCACUACCUCAUGUUGACCUACGAUCAGAUGUGGGGAUCCAGGCCCCAGCGCUCCCACGACUUUGGGUUUACUCCUUACAACGAAGCCAACAAAGUGCCCUCCCUGUCCCAUUGGUUCCAUGACAUGGUGCCCUUCUACCAGUGCUGUGCGUGGCAGGAGGAGCAAUCAGUUGGAUGUGAAACUUACAGAUUUGAAAGAAGACCCUCGCAAGACUGUGUGGCGUACCAGUCGCCAGGAGUGGCAGGAAUAUUUGGUGAUCCUCAUAUCGUUACCUUUGAUGAUCUUCAGUACACUUUCAACGGAAAAGGUGAAUAUGUUUUGGUGAAAGUGGAUCACCCCAACCUGAAAUUGGACGUGCAAGGAAGGUUCGAGCAGGUUUCCAGAAACAUCUACGGGCCCGUCAAUGCCACACAUCUGACUUCCAUAGUUGCAGCUUCCAACAACUCCGUGCCUAUUGAAAUUCGUCUCAGGCCACAGCAUGCUCAAUGGCGCUACCAUUUGGACGUAUUCGCUGACAACAAACGAGUUUACUUUGACAGAGCUGCUUUGAGAGUGCAAUACUUCCCAGGAGUGACAGUCUACCAGCCCAUGUACGUGCUGAACCAGUCCGAGAUCGUGGUGAUGUUCUCGUCUGGUGCCGGGCUGGAGGUGGUGGAGAACAAGGGCUUCAUGACCGCCAGGGUCUACCUUCCGUGGACGUAUGUGAACCAAACAAAAGGCUUAUUCGGCAACUGGUCGUUCGACAUCAACGAUGACUUCACGAGGCCGGACGGAAACAUCGUCAACGUCGACCUCAACAACUUCCAGUCAGCUCAUAACGACUUCGCACAACAUUGGCGCCUCUCCGAUAGAGAGCAGAAAGACAUAGGAGUGGCGAUGUUCGUCAGAGAGUACGGACGAACAGCCGCCUACUACAACGAUGACCAGUUCAGGCCAAACUUCUUGCGAGAACCAGCAGACUUCCUACCAGCCAACCGGUCCUUCGACGUAUCCAGGGCCACCGAACUCUGCCAAGAUUCCUACCAGUGCCGAUACGACUACGGAAUGACCCUCAACAGAGAUAUGGCUGAGUUCACCAAGAACUAUUUGUCUUCUAUCACAAACAUCAAGGAGAAAAACGCAAGGAGAGUCAUCAGUUGUGGCAUCUUGGAGACACCGCGGUUCGGACGGAAAAGCAACUUCUUCUUCACUCCCGGAACUACGGUGAACUUUGAGUGCAAUCAAAACUUUAUCCUGAUCGGUGACAAGCGCCGAGCUUGCGAAAGUGACGGUCGGUGGAACCUGCCCGACUAUGGCUACACCGAGUGCCUACGUAACCAGGAGUACUCGCAACGCGCACUAUUCCUGACGUGGGGCGUCAUUGUGGCAGUCAUUCUACCUCUAGGCCUCUUGAUCUGCCUCCUCUGGUUCUGGUGCUGGUACAAGCCUAAAUCUGAGGGCAAAGAGGGCUUCCGAUUCGAAGAUAUUCCGCGGUCAAAGUCAGCCUCACGACUUAAUUUAAGAUCAGCCUCGAUGGGCAACCUCACUGAUACCAUGAAGUCUUCCACUCUUCGAAGUGCUUCCAGUAAAGCUAAAUUAGCCGAUAGUGAUAGUCCUACUGAGGAGACUCCCAUUAAUAAAUCGUUAAUAGCCAGGUCGGCCCCCGCGAUCCCUCAGCCACAAGAUGGCGAGAGCUCAGGCAUAGGAUAUACCAACUCAAACAAAAGUGAUUCUGGUAAAUCUGAUAACAGUUCGCUUCAGAAAAAGCGCAGAGGCUAUGAUAAAACUUAUCGCACUAAUGAGCCUCUUCCGGGCGCGCCGGAUGUCGAGUUUCCAGAGAAGCUUUGGGAUCUGUCUGAGGAGGACCUUCUGUCUUUGACGUCUCCUUCUGACACGGAAUCUAACAGAGACUCUACUCUGACUCGGCCAGCUAAAGACAUCCAGUAUGUGAGCAAGCCGCGGCAGACCGGGCGCCACGCCCUUCUGGGUAGUGACUCUGGCUACUCCACUAAAGAUGGAUCCGAAGAUCCUUAUGCACAGAAAUUUGAAGGAAAAUACAGCCCUAUUUCUUCUGCAUACUCUCCAACUUAUUCUGAAAUUUACUCUCCACCAAUAAGCCCUACUUCAGACAACAGUCCAAGAAAUACGUAUGACCGUCCAGGAUUACCUGAAGCACCUAAAAGUGCCCCUAUUGACCCAAUAAGGACGUUCACAAUGCCUCCAGUCAGAGGCAAGUCGGAGUAUUCCUCGCGCACACUGGGCGCCACGUGGGGCAUCAUCUCGGCGGUGAUGCUGCCCAUCGUCAUCGUGCUCAUCUGCAUCGGCUGGAGGAUCCUCCAGCGGAGGAAGGCUGAAGAGAAGGAGGAUGACGAGUUUAUGAUCAAAACAACUGCAAUCGACCCGGAAGACUCUUUCAAAGUGAACUCCGACUCGGAAAGCAUUCCUUACAAGAAGGACCUCGGGGAGGACAGUCCGUUGCCAACUGACCCCGUGACUGUGGGAGACUCAUCCGACCAGCCCGGGUACCAAUACGACCAGGCCAGGGCGCUAGCAGACGAGUUCAAUCAGGGACAGCAGAGCCGACAGUGGGCCGGGGAAACGGAAAUUAAUUAACUAAGUAGUUUUUUUUAUUUUUAUUAGUUUAGUUAACUAAGUUUGUUUUUAAUUAUUGCCGCCAUGCACUUUUUGUUUAAUUUUAUAUUCUAUUCUACCUACUUUUAAAACCUAAUAGGUACCUAAAGUAGUAAGAUCAUUGUGUGUAUUAGCUACUCUAAUAUUUCUAUCAUGCUCUCUUGUAUUUUGGUGUAAAAGUGUUUAUUACAGAGAGAUAUUGGUACUUGUUGUUGUAUAUUUCUAUGUAACUAUAAUUUAAGUAAAUAAUAAAAUAGGUAUAUUACCUUCCUUUUUGGCAUUUUACAACAGGUAGGUUUACAAUAUUUUAUUUGUCUAGGUAAGUUAAAUUAAUAUCCCACCACGACAGCUUCAACACAGAAUCCUUGUACCUUAUGUUUUAGAUAGGUAGCAUUUUAUACCUACGUACAAAAGUAGGUAUAUACCUAUGGAGAUGGAAGCUAUAAUAUUUUUAAGCAUUUAACUAACUACGUACUUCCCAUAAAGACCGCGCAUCCGAGCGUAGAGCAUUGGUUCCAGCCUAACUAGAUAGGUAGGUACCUAUAGCUACCCUACACUUAG